AUGGGUUUUUUAGGAGACUGUGGCUGUAUAGGAGACUGUGGCUGUAUAGGAGACUGUGGCUGUAUAGGAGCCUGUGGCUGUAUAGGAGACUGUGGCUGUAUAGGAGCCUGUGGCUGUAUAGGAGACUGUGGCUGUAUAGGAGACUGUGGCUGUAUAGGAGACUGUGACUGUAUAGGAGCCUGUGGCUGUAUAGGAGCCUGUGGCUGUAUAGGAGACUGUGGCUGUAUAGGAGCCUGUGGCUGUAUAGGAGACUGUGGCUGUAUAGGAGACUGUGGCUGUAUAGGAGACUGUGGCUGUAUAGGAGCCUGUGGCUGUAUAGGAGACUGUGGCUGUAUAGGAGCCUGUGGCUGUAUAGGAGACUGUGGCUGUAUAGGAGACUGUGGCUGUAUAGGAGACUGUGGCUGUAUAGGAGACUGUGACUGUAUAGGAGCCUGUGGCUGUAUAGGAGCCUGUGGCUGUAUAGGAGACUGUGGCUGUAUAGGAGACUGUGACUGUAUAGGAGCCUGUGGCUGUAUAGGAGCCUGUGGCUGUAUAGGAGACUGUGGCUGUAUAGGAGACUGUGGCUGUAUAGGAGACUGUGGCUGUAUAGGAGCCUGUGGCUGUAUAGGAGACUGUGGCUGUAUAGGAGCCUGUGGCUGUAUAGGAGCCUGUGGCUGUAUAGGAGACUGUGGCUGUAUAGGAGACUGUGGCUGUAUAGGAGACUGUGGCUGUAUAGGAGCCUGUGGCUGUAUAGGAGCCUGUGGCUGUAUAGGAGCCUGUGGCUGUAUAUGA